AUGGUAGUUGGCGUUCUAUCUUCUGAUAGCUGUUAUAACCCAGACACUAGAAAACCUCUACCUAUCUGUUCUCGCUGUUAUGAUUACACUAUUGGCGCUCAGGUUGGAUGGUGUCAUUAUGAUCGUUCCAAAGGUUCCGGUCUCUGUUAUCUUGCAGAUACUAAGGUAUUUUUUUCUUUUCUAGAAGAGGUUUAUGCAAAAACAACGCAGAACGCCAGAGCAGUCAACAAAAGUUUUGAGAUUGUGUUCUUUUGCAUUGAUGCAUUUGGUAGAGUACAGGAUCCAGACGAUGACAAGCUCAUGGAGCUUAGCAAGACGGCCUCAAUUUACAGGGGUACACACUGCACAAUAGCAUUUAUAUUUUCCAAAGCAGCCAUCAGAGGUUUCCUGGAUGUGCAGGAGGGAGGAAACGACGCAAAGACCUGGAACGUCAACACCGAUGCCCCUGAGGUUUCGAAAAGCUUUAGUCGUACCUCAACUCGGGCUGCCAUACUGGAGUUGCGUAAUGACUUUGAUAAGCCAGAUAACGGAGGUUCCGAAAACAGCUACCAGGCUAAAUGGAGACCGAUCGUGCAUCACUACACUAAGCGAUCUGUGACUGUCCCUACGGACAUACUAUUCAGACUGAGCGGUAUUUUGGACGAGCUUGAAACUAGUGACAACCUUGUGCACUGA